CUUGUCUGGGCCAGGCGGGAGGGCGCACGGCCUCUAGCGAGAGGACGAAAACCAUGGCCCAGGCUGUCACAGACCUUUGGCCAUCUGGACAUACAACGGCCUCCGCCUUUGAGGCCCUGGACUCCUGCGAUUCGCUUUUGGAAAGUGAAUCGUUUUCCCCUUCCUUUGAUCAGUAUUUGUCAGCUUAACCUGGAAGGAGACUGCGUUAAUAUGGAGGGUGGCUCCUGAGAGUUUGGAAAGCAAGGAGAGAAUUGUGGAAACCACACAGGUACUCUCCAGCCCAGUGUGGCUAACUUGGAGACUGAGGAGUUAACAUUUGUUUUCCUGAUUAAACCAAAGUCCAACUGUGCCCUUUAUCAGAAAAGACAGCUAUGGCAGCAUUCCACCACAGGCAGCAAAGGACAGAACUUGAUCAACUAAAACAUCAUAACCUUCAAGGGUCUAUAGGACACUUCGAGAAUUUUAAAUCAGGAACGCCCCAUGUAGUGGCCCGUGUAGUUAGGUGUAUGUUAAAGACUUACUCCAGAUCCACCGUGGGCGCUCUGCUGGCAUCUGAGCUGGGGUGGAAAUUCUAUGAUGCUGAUGACUAUCACUCGGAGGAAAAUCGAAGGAAGAUGGGAGAAGGGAUACCACUCAAUGACCAGGACCGGAUUCCAUGGCUCUGUAAAUUGCAUGACAUUUUACUAAGCUGUGACAACCAGGAAAGCCUGAGGUCACUUGUGAGUGAACAGAGAUGUAGCCUCGGGACAGCAUGUGGUUCUAGCCUGUUCAGCCCUGAAGAAAAUGUACAGAGACAUAUUAACACAAGGAAAAGAUGGUGCAGCUCCGAAGUGCAAGGAGUCGGGAAGGGAAGCAAAGUGGGCUAAGAUACAGCUCCUGGUGGUCCAUCUGAGUGGGUCAUUUGAGGUCAUCUCUGAACGCUUACUCAAAAGACAGGGACAUUUUAUGCCCCCUGAAUUAUUGCAGUCCCAGUUCGAGACUCUAGAGCCCCCGGCAGCUCCAGAAACGUUUAUCCAAAUAAGUGUGAACAAAAAUGUUACUGAGAUAAUUGCUACAAUUAUGGAAACCCUGAAAAUGAAGUGAGAAUGAUUUUGUAUCAGUGGUCCAGACAGAAUUGAGUAUACGUCCUUGUGCCAUCCAAAACCUCAUUCCAGCCUCCUUGCCCAUAUUAUAUUCUAAAUUUUUCUUAAGGCAAACAAAACCCAAUGUGUCAAGACAGAUUCGUUUGGGUGUAAUUUUAGGAAUUAUCCUGGUUCAUCGGGAAGCAGAGGGGGAGUUUUAAAAGUCAAAGCUUAAAUUGAAGUUGUUCAUCUGUAACCCAAUUGAAUGAUCAGAGGAAAUUCCGUAAUUGAUGCUGAAAAUCAUUACAUUGUUUAGAACAUUCUUGCUCAUGCCUAUAUUUGUACAAAUAAAUGAAACUUGGCUGUUCUUGGCCUCCCCUGGAAA